AUGUGUUCCAAGACCACAACGUUCGAGGAGUGCCCUGGUUGCUGCUGCUCGGAUUUCUUCAAUCUGCCCAACCCACACGACGACUUGAGCUGGGGAUUUAACCUCACCAACCCGAUCCUAUCUAUUUUCGCGCGCGGAAAGUUCUACGACAUCAAGGACGGGAAGUUCAGUCCUCUAGCACCAGCGACCUACGACAAGCUGGCGCCGGCCCUGAGACUCGCCUCGCGCAUGUUGAGURACGACCGAGCAACCCACUACAUCUACACGAUGCACGAUGGCAUUCUGCAUGACGGGUCCGAGGAGCUCGAGUGGCCCGAGAUCGAUGCCGCGGAGCCUGCUUUCGACGAGGCGGACAUCUUGCGUCUUCCCCAACGGCAUCUGACCCGUCUGCCACAACGGGUGUUGCCUCCCGCAGAGGACAUGAGGAAGAGAUCAGCUGAGAUCCUGGAGAACAUCGCGAGAGUUUUAGCCUGUAUUGUCUUCGUGGAGAAUGACUUGCCAGGGAAAUCGACCAGUCUAACAUCGAAACACCAGUUCGGCCAGCUGGAUGAGACUGCGCGGCAAAUUUUCCCGCGCGCCAUGGCAGCCAAGAUCGAGCUCUCUGCUAGACACACGCAGAUCAACGUGGACGAACCCUCGUCCACGUCGCAAUACAUCCUUGCGCGUUACCUUGUUCACGAAAUGGGACAUGUAAUCAACAAGGUCGGCAACGGACACCGUCAGUACGAGGUAUUCUACCAGGAUAGUUGCACCAGCGAGGGUGGAUUUGAGCUSGAGGUCGCCCUGUUCUCAGGUGUCUGCGAGCAAUGGGAUCUCGAAAUCUGCACAAGCCUCAUUGGCAAGCCAACGCCUGUUAUGCUGACAGAGCACUGGCCGUCGCCGAGGACCUACAACCAGUACGCCGGCAAGCCAUACGACUUCCUCCGGCGGGAAGAGACCCCGGAAUACCUCCUGAUUUCGCGAUUGCCGCCCAGCUUCCUCAAGGAAUUGUGCGAUGACGCCUUUUGGGACGAGCGCCAGCAACGUGCGAUGGCGGCCUCAGUGCUGACCACCAAGUCGAUUGUGCCCAACGACCUUUCUAUGUGGACUGUUAGAGUCGGGCAAGAUGGCCGGAUUGACUUCUUUCUCCCCUCCGAAGACCCCGACACGCUACCACCGUCUGUCCUGGAAACAUUUGCUGAGAUUCAAGACAUGAAGCAGGAGCGAAUUGCUCGCAAGCAGAAAGCGGCCGAGGAGCAGGAGGCGAGACGGGUCGAGCGAGAGAUACUCGCUGAGCAAUCGCCAAAGCUGGCUGGUGAGUGGUCUGGUGAGGAACCGCCGAGCGCUGAGAUACCGCGGUGUGGGAAGUCCUUGUGA